GACUUAGCACUUGUCCAAAUCUCAGAGAACUGCAGUCACGCUUCUCUCAUUUCCACCAUGCUGGCCUCUGGGCUGCUGCUAGGGGCAUUAUUCUUUUGCCUCUCUAUCCUGUUGAUACAUUCUGUUUGGAGACAAAGGAAGAUCCGAAGCAGGCUUCCCCCUGGACCCACCCCCCUCCCUUUCAUCGGCAACUACCUGCAACUCAACACCCAAAAGAUGUAUGAUUCCCUCAUGAAGAUUGGGGAAAAAUAUGGUCCCGUAUUUACAGUGCAUCUGGGGCCCAGGACUGUCAUAGUCCUGACGGGCUAUGAGGCUGUGAAGGAAGCACUGGUUGACCAAGCAGAAGAGUUCUCUGGUCGGGGGGAGCAAGCCACCUUCAGUUGGCUACUUGAAGAAUUUGGUGUGGUUUUCAGUAAUGGAGAGAGGGCCCGGCAGCUGCGGCGAUUCUCCAUCACCACCCUCAGGGACUUCGGCAUGGGCAAGAGGGGCAUUGAGGAGCGUAUCCAAGAAGAGGCCAGCUUCCUCGUUGAGGCUUUGCGAGAUACAAAAGGAGUAGCCAUCGAUCCCACCUUCUUCCUGAGCCGCACGGUCUCCAAUGUCAUCAACUCCAUUGUCUUUGGUGAUCGCUUUGAAUAUGAGGACAAACAGUUCCUGGCCCUGUUGCGUAUGGUGUUGGGGAGCUUCCAGUUCACAGCCACAUCCAUGGGACAGCUAUACGAGAUGUUCUCUGGAGUGAUGCAGCAUCUGCCAGGACCCCAGCAGCAAGCAUUCAAGGAAUUAAAAGGACUGGAGGCCUUCAUCACUGAGAAGGUCCGGCAGAACCAAGCCACCCUGGACCCUAACUCCCCCCGGAACUUCAUUGACUCGUUCCUGAUCAAGAUGCAGGAGGAAAAGAAAAAUCCCAACACCGAAUUCUUCAUGAGGAACCUGAUCAUGACCACCCUAAACCUGUUUUUCGCUGGCACAGAGACUGUUAGUACAACUCUUCGCUAUGGCUUCAUUCUUCUACUGAAGCAUCCAGAGGUGGAAGCCAAAAUCUAUGAGGAAAUCGAUCAGGUGAUUGGGCGGAACCGAUCACCCAAAUUUGAGGACAAAGCCAAGAUGCCGUACACAGAGGCCGUCAUCCAUGAGAUCCAGAGGUUUGGCAACAUGCUCCCCAUGGGUUUGGCCCGGCGGGUCACCAAAGACACCAACUUUCGGGGCUACCUUAUUCCCAAGGGCACAGAAGUUUAUCCCAUGCUGGGCUCAGUAUUGAGAGAUCAAAACUUCUUUGCCUGCCCCGAAACCUUCAACCCCCAGCACUUCCUGGAUGAAAAGGGCCAGUUCAAGAAGAAUGAUGGUUUUGUCCCCUUCUCCAUUGGCAAACGCUACUGUUUUGGUGAAGGCCUGGCCAGAAUGGAGCUCUUCCUCUUCCUCACCACCAUCCUGCAGAAUUUCCACUUCCAGUCUCCACUUCCAACCGAAGCCAUCGAUAUCUCCCCCCAGAUGGUGGGCUUUGCUACCAUCCCCCCCACCUACACCAUGUCAUUUCUGCCCCGAGGAUGAGGCUGAGCUCAGGCAGCCACAACAGAAACAGAAGGAGCCCACAGGAGUCCUGGCUUGAGGAUGUACUAAUAAAGUCUGAACCCCCAGAA